AUGUUUAUAUCUCCACGGGAUCGAAUCAAACCGGAGUUUCAGGCCCUCGCCUUUAUCCUCCCAUCCCUCACUAAGUACGCUCCGCGACGGGAACAAGCAGUUCCGGAUUGGAUCCACCUGGACAAACUGCGCCUAGCGGAUAACAAUCCUACCGGAGCACGUCCGAUCGAUGUUAUUAUCGGCGCGGACAUUUACAGCGAGAUCAUACAGAGCGGAGUCCGUAAGGGGCUCAAAGGUCAACCGAUUGCUCAACAGUCUCAUCUCGGUUGGCUCAUUUCGGGACCAACGACAAACCGACCGUCUACGCGUCAUGAAAUUCGCGCCUUUCAUUGCUCUCUAGAACGGGAGAUUCGAAAAUUCUGGGAGGUUGAGGAGCCCCCCCGUGUCUCAGCGCGCUCUCCGCUCGAUCAACAAUGCGAAAUGCAUUUUCAGCAGACUCACACGCGCACUGAAGACGGACGAUAUACCGUUCGCCUUCCAUUCAAGUCUAAAUCUCCGAUCGAGAUAGGCCACUCGAGGUCGAUAGCCUUGCACCGAUUGACCUCUCUCAAACGGAGACUCGAUUCGUGCCCUGAAGUCAAAAAAGAAUAUUCCGAUUUCCUCGCCGAAUACGAGUCCUUACGCCACAUGACGCGAGUUGAGCCAACGUCCGCGACAAAUUCACUCGCUGUUUACAUCCCCCACCAUCCCGUUAUUCGAACGUCUAGUGCCACGACUCGCCUAAGGGUCGUAUUCGACGCCUCAAGUUCCACCUCCAACGAAACAUCUCUCAACUCACAUCUCCAUGCAGGUCCGAAGCUACAGACAGAUUUGCCGGCUGUCCUCUGA